GUGUGCUAACUUUAUUUUAUCCGUUGGGUCUGAAAAGAGUAGCUUAGUCAAUGUGCAGUUGUGCAAUUGAGGCGACUUAGUUUUGCAUUUUGGUUUGAAAUAUUGCCACUAAACAAAAAAUAAAGUUAGACUCAGUGGAGAGGUAUUUACAAAUGACGCUUCAAAAACCAGAGACCGUGAUUUUUUUCUCUCUUCAAACAUUGGCCAGAUCCAGUCUGCGCUAAGUAACUAUGAUGAAGGUACUGAACCAGUGUUGCCAAGCUGCAGGGAACGAUAUUUCGUAUGUACGGUAGGCUAGGCUACUAGGGAGUAUAGAAUGGUGAUACACGCCAAUUCGGAGUUGCUGCAAAACAGACAUUUCUCUCUCGGACAAACGGAGGAUCUUAGAAAUUGGCAGGGCUUAUCUCCGUCCACCCCGGCGACCGAAUCUCUUCUCCCAAUGACGGUACAACUUCCUCCCUCGGACCUGCUUCCCAGCAACGGGACUAACUCAACCGACGGCGGGGAGGACGUCGUCCCUUACGGAGACGUGGAGAAGAUAGUAAUCGGCGUCGUGUUGUCCAUCAUCAACCUUACGACGAUCGGUGGGAACUUGCUGGUCAUAAUUUCUGUGUGUAUAGUGAAGAAACUCAGGCAACCGUCGAACUACUUGGUGGUGUCCCUCGCCGCCGCGGACCUUUCGGUGGCGUUAGCCGUCAUGCCGUUCGUCAUUAUCACGGACCUCGUCGGUGGCGAGUGGCUUUUUGGGAAAGUUUUCUGCAACGUCUUCAUCGCCAUGGACGUGAUGUGCUGCACGGCCUCGAUUAUGAACCUCUGUCUCAUCAGCGUGGACAGGUAUCUGGGGAUCAUGCGACCUCUGACCUACCCGGUGCGGCAGAACGGGCGUCUGAUGGCAAAGAUGGUGCUGACAGUGUGGCUGCUGUCGGCCUCCAUCACGCUCCCUCCGCUGUUCGGCUGGGCCACCAACGUGACGGGGGAGCGGGCCUGCCUGAUCAGCCAGGACCUGGGCUACACCGUGUACUCCACGGCUGUGGCCUUCUACAUGCCCACGGCGGUGAUGCUGAUCAUGUACUACCGCAUCUACCGCGCCGCCCAGGUCAGCGCCGCGCGCCACAAGUUCAUCAGCUUCCCGCGGCAGAGCAGCCGGGCGGCGGGCGGGGUCGGGGCAGGGGGAGAGGGGGAGGAGGGCAGGCCGCGGGGGAGGGGGGGCAGGCGUCUGAUGGAGGAGUGCGCGGCCCUGUCGCGGCUGCUCCGGCCCGAGCGGAGGCAGACGUCGGUGUUCAAGCGGGAGCAGAAGGCGGCGCGUACGCUGGGCGUGAUCGUCGGGGCUUUCACAUUCUGCUGGCUGCCCUUCUUCCUCCUCUCGGCCGCCCGGCCCUUCGUCUGCGGCGUGGGCGCGGCCGGCAGCUGCGUGCCCAUGAGGCUGGAGCGCACGCUGCUGUGGCUGGGCUACGCCAACUCGCUGCUCAACCCGCUGAUCUAUGCGGCCUUCAACCGCGACCUGCGCGCCACCUACUGCAACCUGCUGCGCUGCCGCUACCGCCACAUCAACCGCCGGCUGUCUGCCGCGGGCAUGCACGAGGCCCUGAAGGCCAAGGACAGGCCCCAGUGCAUCCUGUGA